AUGGUCUUGGAUGAUUGUUGUAGAAUCGAUAUAAAUAAAAUUUGGGAAGUUAAACAUGUCCAAAGCACAAUGAAUCAUUCACAAUUUGUUUUAUUACUUGAAGAUAAAAGUCUUAAAAUAUUUGACAAAAGUCAAAAAUCAUCUGUUCUACAAAAUAAGAAUUACCUAAUUCCAACUAGUACAUUUCAAGUAUUAGAAAGGAUUUAUAAACAAGAGAUUGAUAUUAGAAAUCUUACAGGAUUAGAUUCAAAUAAGGUGUUAUAUGGCUGUGGUCUUGGGCUCUAUAAAAAAGCUCUAAAUAUAGCAAUUAUAAAUAGUUCUAAGAAUGUUUUAGAAAGUAUUUUAUAA